CAGAUUUGGAGGAGGUGUCAGAGUGCAGUCUUCAGAAGGAAUCAAUGCUCUCUCAUCCCUUGUGCAUCUUAUAGUUUGACGAGAGGACCGUUGUGUGUUGAUUUGAAGCUGAGGAUUGCGGCUCUUUUCCUUUACGCCUGCCAGACAGACUGCUCAACGCAUAAGUUCAUUCAUCUGUAGUUUCCUCCUCCCGUUUUAGUUAGAAAGCGUAGUUUUCGAAGAUGACCUGGACGAUGAACAGAUGUUUUGUCACUUUGGCCAUCCUGUUUCUUUGGCGAGUGGAAGAAAUGGCAGAAGCCUGCAGCUGCUCCCCGGCGCAUCCUCAGCAGGCGUUUUGCAACUCAGACGUCGUUAUCAGGGCAAAAGUAGUUGGAGAGCAAGAGGUGGAUGCUGGCAAUGAUGUCUAUGGGAAUACCAUCAAGCGGGUCAAGUACGACAUUAAACAGAUCAAGAUGUUCAAAGGUCCCAGCCAAGUUAUAGAUGCCAUCUACACAGCCCCCUCUUCUGCAAUGUGUGGAGUGUCUCUGGAAACUAACGGCAAGAAAGAGUAUCUAAUCACAGGGAAACUGGAGGCUGAUGGGACAAUGCACGUCACUCUGUGUGACUUAAUUGAACCCUGGGAGGCUAUGACUGUCACUCAGAAGAUGGGCUUGACUGAGCGCUAUCAAAUGGGCUGCGAAUGCAGGAUCACUUCCUGCACCUCCGUCCCCUGCAUGACCACCAGCCCAGCCGAGUGCCUCUGGACAGACUGGCUGAUAGAGAAGAGUUAUAACGGAGGACAAGCUAAACACUAUGCGUGCAUCAAGAGGAGUGAUGACUCAUGUGCCUGGUACAGAGGCUCUACACCGCCCAAAAAGGAUUUCAUGGACAUCGCAGACCCUUAAACUCCACCACUGUGCAAAUGUCUGCAAUUGAAAUAUGCCAGCAUAUAAAUAUCAAAAACAAAAAUAAAACCCUCAUCAAAUUCCCAUUUUGAUUUUAUUAUUAUUAUUAUUAUUAUUAUUAUUAUUAUUAUUAUUAUUAAGAAAGCAGAAGGGUGAAUUCUCCAAAAUAAAAAAAAAAAGUUUUUAAUUGCAGGUCUCAUGUUUUCAGUUAGCAUUCUUAUGAGCUCAGCACUUUUUUGCCCCUGAAUCUAAAGCACGUCCUCAUAAACCACUUCUCCUUUAGCUGGAACAAAGGGAAAAGCAUCAUAAUUCAAUAAUACUGUCAAGAAUCUUUGUCUUCCUGUGCUGUUAGUCUCUAGAAUUCUUUCAACUGUAAUUAUUAAAGCAACAUAUACACACUUAUUGAUCAAAGUUCUGCGACUCUACUUUGAUAAGUAACACCAGCUGGCGAUCAUCAUCCUAGCAGAGCUAUCACAAGGAACAGCUUGCCUGUUGUGCCUCAGAUUCUCUCUUGUGCUGAGCGUGCAAAACUCGUCACCUCCAUGCUUUUUUAAAUGUGUGUCGAUUCUGAUUUGUGUUUUAAAGCACGUUGUUGAUCACAAGACACAGCUUUGCGAUCACAAUUGCUGCUUUUGCUAUGCUAUAAUCCUGAAUAGACAAGAAUGCACUUUGAACGUAAUUAUCGCAGUUGUCAUGUUGUCUGUAAUGAAAAACGUGUUGGAAUUAAAAGAGGAUUGAAUCCUCCAUUUUUUUUUUUUUGUAUUUUUUAUUGUUUGGUUUUUACAUAUAUAUUACAGCUCUUAGCUUUGGAAUACUUUACUAUGUGUGAACACAUUUUAUUUAAGGUAAUAGAGAAAGCAUUCAGAAAGCACUCUCAUUUUCUGAUAAAUAAAAUACAUAAAUGUGUGUAUACUGCUUAAAGUUAAGGGAGCACAUUAAUGACACAUCAGUUUGGUCAGUGGGGGAAAAACAGUCAUCACCCCACCUCAAAGUUAAGACUGUUCAAGUGUUCCCUUAAUUUUUGGGGGCAAUAUAAGGCCAGAUAUUUUCAUAGUAUAAAUAAAACUGUCUAGAAUAAAAUCAAUUUGACAGCUAUUUUAGAUUCUGAGUUAAAUAACAUAUUGUAACCAAUGAUUUUUCUUGCAGAGGUAAUAAGAUGACCGUCAGUGUGGUGCAAAUGUGACUUGAAUAAUUAAUAUGAGAGUGUAAAAAGAUUCUUCAUUUGAAACUGUAUUCAAGUAUGAUGUUUUUGUGCUGGUUUCACGUGGGACUUUUUUAAAGAUGACUUUUGCAUGCAUAUCCAUCUGAAACAUUGUAAAUUUGACCAUUAUAUUAAAUGCCAAACCUUGUUUCGGCAUCAAAACAUG